AUGCCUGCCAAUCACAUGGUACUUGAACAUCCUACUUGUUUACAUAGUGAACUUAAUCAUUUUCCUAAUUGUGCUGAAUUAGCUGAUAAAGCUGAAGCAUUACAAGUAACUUUAAAUAGUUUAUUUUCUGAUAAUUUGAAAGAGGAAGAUGCAAGACAGGCUUGA